UGCUUAGACAAUCUAAUGGAUGAAGAUGAGAAAGACAGGGCAAAGAGGGCUUCCCGUAACAAGUCUGAGAAGAAGAGGCGUGAUCAGUUCAAUGUUCUUAUCAAAGAGCUCAGCUCCAUGCUUCCAGGCAACACCCGCAAAAUGGACAAAACUACUGUGCUAGAAAAAGUCAUUGGCUUUCUGCAGAAACACAAUGAAGUCUCAGCACAGACGGAGAUUUCUGAAAUUCAACAGGACUGGAAGCCUUCAUUUCUCAGCAAUGAAGAAUUCACUCAGCUGAUGUUGGAGGCAUUAGAUGGCUUCAUUAUAGCAGUAACCACAGGUGGAAGCAUCAUCUACGUGUCUGACAGCAUCACACCUCUUCUAGGGCAUUUACCGUGUGAUGUCUUGGAUCAGAAUUUGUUAAAUUUCCUCCCAGAACAAGAACAUUCAGAAAUUUAUAAGAUGUUAUCUUCUUGUAUGCUUAUGACAGAUUCUGCCUCAUCAGAUUACCUAAAAACUGACAAUGAACUAGAGUUUUAUUGUCAUCUUCUGAGAGGAAGUUUGAACCCAAAGGAAUUUCCAACAUACGAAUACAUAAAAUUCGUAGGAAGUUUUCGGUCUUACAGCAAUGUGCCUAACUCCACUUGCAAUGGCUUCGAUGAGGCUGUCCCAAGGGCUUACAGAACAUCCCCGGGAAAGCAGAUCUGCUUUGUUGCGACUGUUCGUUUGGCAACGCCUCAGUUCUUAAAGGAGAUGUGCAUUGUAGAAGAACCUCUAGAAGAAUUCACAUCAAGACACAGUCUCGAGUGGAAAUUUUUAUUCCUGGAUCACAGAGCACCGCCAAUUAUAGGAUACUUGCCUUUUGAAGUGCUGGGUACUUCUGGCUAUGACUAUUACCAUAUAGAUGACCUAGAGCUGCUAGCAAGGUGCCAUGAACACUUGAUGCAGUUUGGCAAAGGGAAGUCGUGCUGCUAUCGGUUUCUGACCAAAGGACAGCAGUGGAUCUGGCUCCAGACCCAUUACUAUAUCACCUACCACCAGUGGAACUCCAAGCCAGAGUUCAUUGUGUGCACACACAUGGUGGUAAGUUAUGCAGAUGUUCGGGUGGAGAGGAGACAGGAGAUGGGCUUGGUAGAAGUGUCCUCAGAGGUCGUGUCCUCAGCACUAAAGGAUAGCAGUGCCAGCUUGGAUCCUGAACAGCACUUUAAUGCACUUGAUAUUGGUGCCUCAAUCCUCAGCGCUAGUCGGACACCCUCAGCGUCAUCCAGGAGCUCCCCAAAAUCUUCCCACACACCCAAGUCAGAUCCAGCAUCUACACCAACAAAGCUGAUUGCAGAGUCCAACACUCCCUUGCCAAGAACACCGAGCGCACAGCAGGAUUUAUCUGUGCAUAGACUCAGUCAACCUGCUACUCUUCAGGUUUCUUUGCCUUCUCAGGCUCCAUGUGAGCUUCUCCCACAGCAGUUGCUGCCUCAGGCAACUCUGCAAAAUCAGACCGCACCUCUGGCACAGUUCUCAGCACAGUUCAGCAUGUUUCAGACCAUCAAGGACCAGCUAGAGCAGAGGACCCGGAUCCUGCAGGCUAACAUCCGGUGGCAGCAGGAGGAGCUCCAGAAGAUACAAGAACAGCUCUGCCUGGUCCAGGACUCCAGUGUACAGAUGUUCCUACAGCAGCCAACGGUGUCUAUGAGCUUCAGCAAUUCUCAGCAGACAGAGUCACAACAGCUACAGCAGAGGUCAGGGGUCAUUUCUCAGCAGCAGCUUGUCCCAAGUCCUCAACUUCAAGGGCAAGUUGCACCUUCGCCAUCAGCGAACCAGCAAGCACUGAGAGAAGUGAGCGUGGUAUCAAGCCAGGGCCCGAAGGCGGCGAGGAGCUCGGAGCUGGCGCCAGGCAGCGGACGCCCCGCUCGCGGCGCUGGUCAGCCAUUCCCUGCAGCCCCCACCGGCGGCGGCACCGCGGCGCCCCCUGCCGCCCUGCCGCGGGGCGGCACCCCGGGUCCGGGCCCGGGCCCGCCCGCCCCCGGCUGCAGCCACGACCAGCAGCUCAGACUGUUGCUCAGCCAGCCUAUUCAGCCCAUGAUGCCAGGGUCCUGUAAUGCAAGACACCCUUCAGACCUCAGUAUGACGGGAUCCCAGGCUAAAUAUUCUCAAACCCAACAAAUGUUUCAAAGUUUGGAAGUGCAGACUUCCAGCAGCAGCUCUCCAAUCGUACUGAUGGGACAAGCAGUGUUAAACCAAGGGUUUGCCACUACACCUCCUUCCCAGCCAUCCUCUCUGCCACCUAUGCAACUCCAGCACCAACAGCAUCAGCAACAACACUACCUGCAGGUGCAAAUACCAAGUUCUUUGCACAAUGAGCAACCUGAUUCCUUGCUCCUGCCACCUUACUCACCACAGCAAGGAAAUAUGGGGUAUCACCAGACGCAGCAGCAGCAGCUAACAUCACGAAGAAGCAGUAGCUUAUCAGAAUCAUCGAAUUUACCACAGCCACUGCGAUAG